UGUCUUUUGGGCGAAAUUUGAAGGUAUAGAAACAGAUAUCUGUGUUUAAAAUGGACAGUGCCAACAUAUCAGACAUGUCAGAGGCAAGACAAAGAGCAGCCGGAAUGGUGUGUUAUGCACCCAAAAUGAUACUCUCACAGGGAAUACUUGAACAUGAGAAUCCGUUAGAUUACUCUGUCCCCCUCUUCGUCGUACAAUUACUUGUGGUUUCUUGUCUGAGCCGCGUGAUCCAUUUGGUUUUCAAGCCCUUCCGCCAGCCUAAGGCACUGUCUCAGAUCUUGUGCGGAGUAAUCCUAGGUCCUGCUAUACUGGGAAGGUCGAGUGUCAUAUUAGAAGCCUUGUUUCCUUUAAGAGGCGUGGUAGUGUAUGAUACAAUGGCAAACAUUGGACUUGUGUUCAACCUCUUCCUCAUCGGAGUAGAAAUGGAUAUCUUCCAUUCCUUUCGUAUGGAGAGAAGGUCAAUAACUAUUGCUUUUGUUGGUAUGCUCCUGCCCUUUGCCAUAAGUUGCUCCAUCUCUUACAUUCUUGAAGUCCACUUACCAAAAGGCCUAAACCACACCAACUACAUUAUCUUUGUAGCUCUUGCCGCGUCUGUCUCUGCUUUCCAAUUGCUCUCCCGCCAACUGGUAGAACUUAAGAUCCUCAAUACUGAGAUAGGCAAAACCGCCUUGCAGUCUUCUAUUCUUAAUGAUUGCUUUUCAUGGAUUGCGGUCAUUGUUUUUCUUGUUGUGGCUAAGAAUGACGGUGUGAGUUCUAGUCCUAUUUGGCUCUUGCUCUGUAGUGUAGCUUUUGUUCUGUUCUGCAUAUUUCUUGUUCGCCCAGCUAUCUGGCUUCUGAUUAAGAACACUCCAGAGGGUGAAAGCUUUAGUGAACUUUCCAUAUGUCUCAUUUUUUCUGGUGUAAUGAUGGCCGGAUUCAUUUCAGAAGCCAUUGGUAUGCAUGCCAUUUUUGGAGCUUUCGUCUUUGGCCUUGUUAUUCCCAGCGGACCUCUUGUACAAGUCCUUAUAGAAAGGCUUGAAGAUAUUGUCACGGGGAUUCUGGUACCUCUUUAUUAUGCAAGUUUCGGGAUCAAGGCCAAAACAGAUGAGUUUGGUGAUGGCCAACACUGGGCUCUUCUACUCAUCAUUGUAUUCGCUUUCAUUGCAAAAGCCAUCGGGACUUUCCUCACUGCCUUGUUCUACAGGAUGCCCCUUCGAGAUGCAGCUACACUUGCCACUCUCAUGAAUGCUAAAGGUCUUAUAGAAUUAAUCAUCCUCAAUCAAGGGCUUGAACACGAAAUAAUAGAUGCCUGUUCAUUUACUAUAAUGUUGUUUGCAACUUUAUUUACAAUCGGCAUUACCCUGCCCCUGGUAAGUAUCAUCUAUAAGCCAUCAAGGAAACUUGUAACAUACAGAGGGCGAGCAAUUGACAAGGCAAAGUCGGAAACUGAACUACGUCUAUUAGUUGCAGUUCAAAGCAGUAGAAAUGUGCCAACAAUUAUCAACUUCCUGGAUGCUUCAAACACGACUACCGGACUUCCAUUAUGUGUGUAUGUUCUUCACCUGGCAGAACUCACUGGUCGUGCAUCCGCUAUGCUAAUUGCUCAUGGCACGCAGGAAAAAGGCAUGGCACCCCUCAACAAGGCACAAGCCCAAUCUGAACAAAUUCUCCAGGAAUUUAAAAAACUGGAGGAACAGAGUAGAUGUAUAUCAAUCCAACCCCUCACAGCUAUUUCUCCCUACGCCACAAUGCAUGAAGAUAUAUGCAACUUGGCCGAAGACAAGAAAGUUGCGUUUAUCAUGAUCCCUUUUCAUAAACAGCAAACUGUUGAUGGUGAGAUGACGACCACCAACCCUGAGAUCCAGAAGGUUAACCAGAGGGUACUAGAAAAUGCAGUUUGUUCUGUGGGGAUUCUUAUUGACAGAGGCCUGACUGGAAUCUCACCCAUGGCAGGCACCGAGCUAGCUCACCACAUAGCUGUGUUAUUCUUUAGUGGACCUGAUGACCGAGAAGCACUGUCAUUGGGAAUGAGGAUGGCUCAACAUCCUAACAAUAGUGUCACUGUGAUUCGUUUUAUCCCAGGAAAACAGGCUGCAAUGGAAGGAUCCGAGCAUAGACAUAUCCCGCGUAGAAACCAUAGACCAACCCCUAUGGAUACUGAAAAGUUUCUUGACGAUGAUUACAUAAGAGAAUUCAGGUUACUGGAGGCACGGGACGAAUCCUUAUAUUAUGCAGAAACAGUGGUGAACGACAGUGAGGAGACGGUGGCAGCAGUCAAGUCAGUGGAUAACAUCCAUGAUCUGUUCAUCGUUGGUAGACGACAAGGAACACUCUCAAAACUCACAGAUGGACUUACCGAGUGGAGUGAGACCCCAGAACUAGGUGCAAUCGGAGAUUUAUUGGUCUCUCCUGAUUUCCCAGCAAGAGUUUCAGUUGUAGUUGUUCAACACUACUUACAGUAGGAUCACUAGCAAAACACAUAGAAUUGGUUUAAUCAGCCUGGCAGCAGCAAUGCAUGUAAAUUUGCAUACAAAGGUACG